CACGAAGGCGCGGCGCCUACACGGACGAACGGGCAACACAAUCGCGUACGCUACACAAGAAGGUCGUUCUCUUUCCUCUGCCUCGUCCGUUCGCCGGCGCGCGAACGCUUACUAUGCCGGUUUACUCGCGCGCGUUCGCCAGUCGCGACCGAACGCUCGCGGAGCGCACACCGCGGUGCAGCUAUCGCCGCGCGUUGCCGAACUCUGAUAUCUCAAGUUCGCCAACGAGCUCCGUCGAAUUUCCCUCGAGAAAACGGACUCUCGUUACGCCUCGUCGUUCGUUAUGUCUCGUUGAACAACGACUCGGGAACGCUUCGUGACGGGCGCGAAGCGAUUCGUUCUCGUGAAACUAUAUGCCGAAAUGCGCGCCGAAAGUCUCCGCUCGUGCAUUCCGUCGAACGCAGCGCGAUUGUGACCGGUGGUGAAUCCGCUUGGUGUGUUGUGACCACCGCGUUAUCGACUGCCGUCUGGUUUAGGACGGUGAAACCGGGUGACUUCAAUGCCGCGCAUUCGUCAAUUCUGAAUGUUUGGCGCGUAUUGACGCCCGGACUAUCGCGAGUGCGCAGACCCGCUCGACUGUGAAUUUAAUUAAAAUAAGAAGAAGGAGGAAUGCUGAAGCACGUGUCGAUCUCGCCGUGGAGAGGGCGGGCGGACAGCGUGAGCCUCUCUUCCAGCGGCGGCGCGAGUAGCUGCGGAAGCGGAAGUCCCACCCCCGGUCACACACCGCCACCCUCGAGAGCGUCCUCAUGCGCAUCCCUUGCACCCUUGACCGCCCUGUCGAGCUUCUCGCCGGCUGAUACCGCGCCCCAGCAGACCACCAUAAAGGUCUACGCCAACUGCCUGCGACCGGACAUCGAGUAUAAGACUCUGAGCAUCACCUAUGAGACGACUUGUCGCGAGGUUGUGCAAAACCUUCUCAACAAGUAUCGCAUGAGACACCGCGACCCCCGGUUGUUUUAUCUGACCAUGGAGGUUACCGUGAGGAGGGCCAAUGUGCGUACCGUCCUGCCGCUCGACGAGGACGCGAGGCCAGCCGUCCUGCAGUCCUGCCAUCCUCGCGGCGAUUCCAAGUUUUCACUGCAGACACAUCGCGGCGGACUCAUCAAAAUAUACGACAGCGCACUCAUGUCCGGGUCUAAGUACAAGAGCCUUUUGGUCUCGGAGCAGACCACCGUAGACGAGUUGAUCCAGAUGUUGCUCAGUUGCUACAGCUCCAAGGAACCGGUGGAGCAAUUCUCUCUCUACGAGGUCUGCGAAGGUGAAGAGUACCAAAGGAAAUUGCACCCCGACGAUUCACCGCUCAAGGUCACACAACGGUGGACUAGUGCGGAUCGACAUCUUCGCAUUAGGCGCAAUCCAGAUUACAACCAGCAUAGGCGGAGGAGUAUGUGGGCGUCAGACUCAAGCAUCACCAUGGCGAUGUCGAGGCUGAAUCUCCACGAUAGUCUACCUACCCACUACAAUCCGAGAAUCGAGAACAACAAUCAUUUGAGCCUGCAUCAUCUCGCUGGAAAAACUAGCGUUACCGCCAACAACAACAACAACAACAACAACAUCAUCAUUCGGGAUCAGCAUCACUCGUCGUCAUUAGGUUCCAUCAGUCAGACCUCGCGAAUCGUGUCCCAUGGAACGGGUCUGCCGCAAGUGCAGCUGCCGCGGUUGCAGCAAUUCCCGCAGAGCGUUCCAUCGACGCCGCUCUCGGUGAAGCACUCAAAACACGUGACUGCCUCCUCUUACGCAGAUUACGAAAAUUAUCUCUUUAUAUAAGGACCGAGUCGUUAACGGGCCUACGUAAGCGCGAUUGAAGUCGAUAGAAGCUAUCGUCGAUCGCAGAAGUUCAUCCCUGCGAAACGGUCAGAGUUACCAGAGACUCGUUGGAGACACGAGAGAACAUACGCUGCGAUUGCGAUUGUUCGACAGCAUUUGCCUUCGUGUGUAACAUUUAGAUGUCAAGUAUGAGCACUAUGAGGCGCGCGAGCAAACGUGUACCUUCAGUUUUGAUGAAAAAAGAUAACUUGCCUCUCUUGUUACAAACUAGAUUUAAACUACCGUUGCAACAACAAGUAAGUACUUGUUUGGAUUAAUUUUGUUAUAAUAGUCCGACAAAACUAUUAUAACAAAUUUGUACAAAGAAAUACAUGAUAAUUCUCAUUAUCAUUAGUAUGUUCAAUGUAAUAUUUUUAUGAAUAACAGGAGUUCUCUAAACAACAUUUGAAAAGAAUGAAAUUGCAAAGUGAAAUGCUCGUUUGCCGCUUACAUCUCAGCUGACCAAAGGCUGAUGAAACACUGAACAAAGAGAAUUUACAAUACGAUAAUAGUUAGUAGUGAGGGAAAUUGUACCAAAGGUAGACGUAUACAAUGUUAGAUACGUAGUAUAUAUUAUAUAUAUAUAUAUAAAUAAUAUGUCCCGUAUUCGUAAAAAUGUGUAGAGUUUACCAAGCCUGACAUAAGAUUUUUAUAAUUUUUAUCAACGUUUCUUUUACGUUUGAAAAAGAAAUAUCAAGUCGAUAACAAAUUGCUUUAUAUUUUCUAUAACAUUAGUCGAUAGAAAAUUUUAACGUGAUUGCAUAGGUCGAGAAUAAGGUUCGCUUGCGUGGGGCGAUUUAAGAUGCGCAAAAAAUGAUUGAUAAGGACAGAAAUAUUAUUAUUUAUUUAUGUGUGAUGUAAAGAUACGCAAAAGGCAUUUAGUUACGCUUGUUUAAAGAAAGGUUUUAAAUUAUUAAACGUUUUGACCUAUCCAAAAUUUCGUGCAAUCCGGCCAGAAAAAGAUAGGACACCGAAUAUAUAUCUCCUACAUAUAUAAACGCUAGAGGAGGAAAAUUAAUAUUUAAGUAACACUCGCCGUUAUCGCGUUGAUUAAGACUACAGCGAGAAAUGGUAAUAGCAACUUUCAAUAAUGUACGUACACUUAUCGUUUCUCUUGCAAUUGCUUGUAAUUAAAAAAAAAAGUAAUUUAACAGGCAAAUUGAAAAGGGCUGUCACGUUCUGACAAGUAUAGUUUCGUCCGUUUUUCGGUCAACACAUCUAAGUACCGGGGAUUUGGACUCGAUUGCGUGUGAAUGGAAUAAAUAAAAUUUAGUCUUCCGGACCGAAAAGGUAACGGGUUCGGUAAACUUUGCAUACGAGGAUCAGAUUUAUUAAUAGUCGUAUAGUUCGGAUAAUCGACAUCGAAAUCUAUUGGAAUCAAUUUGUAAUUCUGUGAUUGCUUAAUUCUGGGAUUGUGCUCGGGUUCAAGUUCGGACAACCUGAACAAAAACGGCGUAAGGUCUUGACAGUUGAUUACUGCCUGCUUAAUUUGGAAUUUAACUCGUUUGAUUUGAGCACGUUUGCCUCCUACUCUCUUAGGCAUUGAGUGGAAGUAGAGAUAUAAUUUCUUAUCCGCUACACCUUUUGUCAGCGAUCAGAGAGAGGUAGAUACUUCUAAUCGCUACGCUCUUCGUCAGCGAUUAGAGGGGGGAGGAUAUGUUUGUUCGCCACAGUCUUUGGAAGCGAUCAGAGAGAGGAAUGAAUGUGAAUGGAGUUGACUCAAAAUCCUGAAAGUUUCGUUAACUUCACCUUUUAUUCUAGCUUGAUUACAGAAGGGUAUAACUCGGUCUAAACGCGUUACUUUCUAAGUCCGCGCGAGGUGUUUAGAGAUUUUUCUAAGUAUUGCGACUGUAUGUUUAGCCAAUAGCCGAGACUUUAAGUCAGACUUGUCCAAUAUUUGGGUUCUAAAGAUUUCUAACUUCAACCGCUGAAUACUGACUGAAUAGAGAAUGAGAGCUCUAAAAAGGUUGGGUUACACAAUUGCCCAGACUAAAACUGAUUAUGACUCCCGUUAGAAAAGCUGAUUAUGACUCGCUACGUGCCGUCUUGCGCUCUUAUUUACAUCCGAAAUGGCACGAACCUCCCCUGCUGGAGCCUCUCACCAUUUGGGACUUAUUCUAAUAAAGGGAGAAGGUCUUAUCUUUUAAGAAGGUUUAUCCUAACAUGGUCCAGCGUUCGGUGACACUUGGUUAAUCCCCUUGCGGGGGUGUCAAUUAUAAACUAUAAAUACACGGCCUCCGAAGAGACGGGUGUUCCAAGAGGUUCUCUACUCGGCUAAGAAUCGAUACGGAAAAUAAUUUGAAGCAGAAUUUCAAUAUUGAAGGACUUUCGUCCGUACGUCGCAGGGCUUUAGAAGUUACUCCGCGAUAAUGGUGAUUCACACGACUCUCUUGCUCCCAUACGGAGGAAAUAAAUAGAAACCAAGCUAUAUUUUUUAACCGCAGCGCGUUCAAUAUUUUAUUACCAAAGAGUUUCUCGAUACUAUACGUAUGGAAAAGUAUAGACUAACACGCGCGUGUGUCGAAUACGGCAGCCGAAUGUGCAUUUAUCUACAAGAGUCUUUGAUGUGUAUAUCGUCAGCGUAACGAUGUGUGUCGAUAGAAUAUGAUUUCACAUCACACGAUAUGUGUCGAAUUAAUGUACCUACGUAGAAUGUAAAUAUCUUUUUGUAUUGUCCUUUUAUAUUUUAUAGGAGAGAAUAUUGAAUAAUGAUUCACGUGUCCCCAGUCAGA